GAUGGGAACAGACGCUGUAGGAAGCCAUCUCAUUUCUUUUUCACCCUUUAAAGGCAAAUUGCUGAUUUUUAGUCAGAGUCAGUAAGUAUCGUAAAACAGAUUAUUUUCUGUUCAGCUUUGCUGCUUUGAUAGAGCGUGUAAUCUGGGGACCCAGGAAAGUCAAAAGAAAUAAAGAUGCUGCCACAAUAAUUGCCCCUGUUUUUUAAGAGAUGCCCCAGGGGGCAGGAGUCAAGGAUUCUGCUCUAGAAAGCGGGGGACCUCGUGGGGGGAGAUUUGACCUCCUGACCUCUCCCAUGACGUCAGCCUCUCCUAAUUCCUUCAGGCCAGUGGCCUCUGGCCCCUGGGAGGGGGAGGGUGCUGCCUUACUCAGGCAGCUGAAGAUAGACAACUCAGAGAGGAAACAGCCUUCUUACCGGUUGGGGAGUUUCAACUCUCUGCACUUUGGAGGGUUGGAGAAAAUGUGACCUUUAUUUGAGAAAUCAAAACCUUGCUGGUCGGGCGUUGAAUUCCGCACUCUUCAGUGGGAGAUGCUUACCAGUUAACUAGAGAAUAUCUCCAGCUUGUAAACAGACAGGAUGGACCUCCCAGGAUAAAGCGGCAGCAUGGACUGGGGCACGCUGCACACGUUCAUCGGGGGCGUGAACAAACACUCCACCAGCAUCGGGAAGGUGUGGAUCACCGUCAUCUUCAUCUUCCGCGUCAUGAUCCUGGUGGUGGCCGCCCAGGAGGUGUGGGGCGAUGAGCAGGCCGACUUCGUGUGCAACACGCUGCAGCCCGGGUGCAAGAACGUGUGCUACGACCACUUCUUCCCCGUGUCCCACAUCCGGCUCUGGGCGCUGCAGCUCAUCUUCGUGUCCACGCCGGCCCUGCUGGUGGCCAUGCACGUGGCCUACUACAGACAGGAGGCCGCGCGCCGGUUCAGGCGCGGGGAGAAGAGGAACGAGUUCAAGGAUCUGGAAGACAUCAAACGGCAGAAGAUCCGGAUCGAGGGCUCCCUGUGGUGGACCUACAGCAGCAGCAUCUUCUUCCGAAUCAUCUUCGAGGCCGCCUUCAUGUACGUGUUCUACUUCCUGUACAACGGGUACCACCUGCCCUGGGUGCUGAAGUGCGGCAUCGACCCCUGCCCCAACCUCGUGGACUGCUUCAUCUCCAGGCCCACGGAGAAGACCGUGUUCACCAUCUUCAUGAUCUCCGCGUCCGUGAUCUGCAUGCUGCUCAACGUGGCCGAGCUGUGUUACCUGCUGCUCAAAGUGUGCUUCAGGAGAUCCAAGCGAGCACAGACGCAAAGAACCCCCCCCAACCACGCCCUCAAAGAGAGUAAACAGAACGAGAUGAACGAGCUGAUUUCCGAGAGCGGGCAGAACGCCAUCACGGGGUUUCCUAGUUAAACGGGGCCAGGCACCGCGCAGCUGACGUAGCGUCGCGGAACUGCGGCCUUCCCCAGAAGGCAGCGCCGACCGGGCGUCCUGGCUCUCAGCUGAGACUCUGUCCUUACAAACGGCUUUCACCAUUCAUAGACACCCGAGUUAGCUUUCUGUAGAAUAAUUGGGCCAUGAAUGUGCCACGUAAUCAAAUGUGUGGCCCGGCUCUACAGCCGGGCCUCGGUGUGACUUUUACAUGUGGGUUUAAGUGGACCGUCUGACAUGGCGGUAUUUCCUGAAAAUUUAAGGACGUAACUGUUGUCAAUAAAACAUUUAUCUAGAAAUUGAUACUUUUAUUAGGAAGAGAUAUUUUUAUAGGAUUGAAUGUUUUAGUUCUGAUUUUGAAUUUAUGUAAAGUAUUUUUAUAAUGACUGGUCUUCCUUACCUGGGAAGACACACAAUGUUAAUUUUAGAAUCAUGCCUUCAGUGUCUAAUAUUUAAGCUUCCUCUGUCUCGUCGUAGGUAUUGUUUUUCCUUGUCUGCUGACAAGUGUGUGACCCGUCAUGGCUCUUAGGGUGGAAAGGGUUCACUGUACCGUGUAUUAUCACUGCUGUCUGGGCACGGCCGGAACUGUAUGGAAGCGGGAAGCUUUUCGUAGGGGCUGAUUUGCAGUCCUCGUGAACGGCUGACGCAGGAACGCGCUCCCUCAAUAAAGAUGAGCCCUUUGCUGAA